UGCUGCAACUGGUCAGUUAACUGUUUCAAAGUUUAAAGGGUUUCAUGUUGCUCUGGUUUUCUUAAAGCAGAAUGACGCAAAGAAAUGCUGAAAAAAAGACAAAUUCAUAUUUAGAGCUUAUGAGGAAAUAUCUUAUCUAGUUUUUCUGUUCUUUGUUUCGGUGUUGUUUUCAUCUUUUUCAUCAUUUCAACUCUGGUGGACAAGAGACUCACUGAAACACGGUGUUGCUAUGGUUAUGUCAGUCAGAAGGGCUCCUCCUCUUCCUCUGAUGUUUCUGCUCAUGAUUCAUGGGGUUUCUAGUGCUGAUUGGGGUGUGAAUUACAGAGAUUCACACAUCUGUGCACUAAAGCACUCAGCAGUGAUAAUGAGAUGCACUUAUACAUACCCUACUGGAUAUAAGAUCAAGAAAGUGUUCUGGACCAAAAACUCUGUAAGAGUUGGUAAUGAGUAUCCAGAUCUGUCUGAGGACCCUGAAUACAGUCAGAGGCUUCAGUAUCUGGGAGAUAAACAGCAGAACUGCACCAUCAGACUGAGUCAUGUGACACAGAAGGAUUCAUACAUGUACUAUUUCAGAUUCAUCACUGAUGAAUCUGGUGAGUGGAAAGAUGAUGAGAAAUGGCUUGGUGUUCCAGGAGUGUCUCUGAAUGUCACAGAUCUUCAGGUGGAGUCUCCUGAGACAGUGAAAGAGGGAGAUUCAGUCCGUCUGACAUGUAACAGCAGCUGCGCUCUGACUGACAGAGCAACAUUCAUCUGGUACAGAAACUCACAGCCAUUAACUGAGAGAAGAGACAGAAACAAUCAACUCCUGCUGCAGUCAGUCAGAAGAGAGGAUACAGGCAGAUACAGCUGUGGUGUACAGGGACACACUUACAUCUCUCCUGCUGUUCAGCUCAAUGUCACCUAUCCUCCAAACAGUGUCUCAGUGUCCAUCAGUCCAUCUGCUGAAAUAGUGGAGGGAGAUUCAGUGACUCUGAUCUGCAGCAGUGAUUCAAACCCUCCUCCAGAAAUCAGCUGGUUUAAAGAAGGAAGUUUUGUAGGAUCUGGAAGAAUCUACAACAUCUCAAAAAUCAGCUCUAAUCACAGUGGAGAAUACAAGUGCAAGUCCAGCAACAAACAUGGAUGGAAAUACUCUGCUGUGACUUUAAACGUCAUGUGGGUUUCUAGUGCUGAUUUGAGAGUGAGUUAUGGACAUUCACACAUCUGUGCACUAAAGGACUCAUCAGUGAUAAUGAGCUGCACUUAUACAUACCCUACUGGAUAUCAGAUCAGGAAAGUGUUCUGGACUAAAAACCCUGUGAAGGGUGAAGAGCCUCCAGAUCUGUCUAAGGACCCUGAAUACAGUCAGAGGCUUCAGUAUUUGGGAGAUAAACAGCAGAACUGCACCAUCAGACUGAGUCAUGUGACACAGAAGGAUUCACAAAAGUACUAUUUCAGUCUCAUCGCUGAUAAACCUGGUUUAUCCAACUGGAUUAAGCAGUGGAUCACAACUGUUAAAGAUGAUGUGAAAUGGAUUGGUGCUCAAGGAGCAUCUCUUACUGUCACAGAUCUUCAGGUGGAGUCUCCUGAGACAGUGACAGAGGGAGAUUCAGUCCAUCUGACAUGUAAAAGCAGCUGCGCUCUGACUGACAGAGCAACAUUCAUCUGGUACAGAAACUCACAGCCAUUAACUGAGAGAAGAGACAGAAACAAUCAACUCCUGCUGCAGUCAGUCAGAAGAGAGGAUACAGGCAGAUACAGCUGUGGUGUACAGGGACACACUUACAUCUCUCCUGCUGUUCAGCUCAGUGUCACCUAUCCUCCAAACAGUGUCUCAGUGUCCAUCAGUCCAUCUGGUGAAAUAGUGGAGGGAGAUUCAGUGACUCUGAUCUGCAGCAGUGACUCAAACCCACCUCCAGAAAUCAACUGGUUUAAAGAAGGAAGGUUUUUAAGAUCUGGAAGGAUCUACAACAUCUCAAAAAUCAGCUCUAAUCACAGUGGAGAAUACAAGUGCAAGUCCAGCAACAAACAUGGAUGGAAAUACUCUGCUGUGACUUUAAACGUCAUGUAUCCACCAAAGGACGUCGCCGUGUCCAACUUCAGUCUAUCUGAUGUAAUAGCGGAAAGAGAUUCAGUGACUCUGAUCUGCAGCAGUGACUCAAACCCACCUGCAGAAAUGAGCUGGUUUAAAGGAAGAACGUUUGUAGGAUCUGGAAGCAUCUACAGCAUCUCAAACAUCAGCUCUGAUGACAGGGGAGAAUACAAGUGCAAGUCCAGCAAUGAACAUGGAGUGAAAUACUCUGAUCCUGUGAUUUUAAAUGUCAUGUAUCCACCAAAGAACGUCUCAGUGUCCAUCAGUCCAUCUGCUGAAAUAGUGGAGGGAGAUUCAGUGACUCUGAUCUGCAGCAGUGAUUCAAACCCACCUCCAGAAAUCAGCUGGUUUAAAGAAGGAAGUUUUGUAGGAUCUGGAAGAAUCUACAACAUCUCAAAAAUCAGCUCUAAUCACAGUGGAGAAUACAAGUGCGAGUCCAGCAAUAAACAUGGAGAGAAAUACUCUGCUGUGACUUUAAACGUCAUGUGUGAGUUAAUAAUUCUUCAGUAA